GGAUUAUUUAAAAUAUAUAUAAUUCAUAUUUAAAAAGGAACACAGCAGCUCCGACAAACUAAUCUGAGAAUGUCGGACAUUUCAAAAAAUGUCAUAAAAAACGUAAUUGUGUUUCAAAAUUUCUUUGUUCGACUGUUUUGUCCAAUGUAUAGUGCCUCGAUGUGAAAAAUAUAAAUGGAGCGUCCCAAUGUCUUCGAUUCCAGCAUGGAGGAAAGCCAGGAGACUCUCCUUACAAUAAAUAAUAUCAAAAGUCUUGAUGACAUUUACAAGACCUAUAUACCGUCCGUUGCUUCCAAUGAGCUUAGGAAGCUAGCAUCUUCCAUAUUGAACAGCAAAAAUUCAAAAAACAAUAGUGUUAAGCCCGAAGAAUCUGAUCUUAGCAUUGCAGACUCCACCACUACCCUUAAAAAUGAACCCAUCCCACCCAUUCCUCCAUGUGAAGUUGUAGACACUUCAUUACCAGCGCAGAUCCACAGUUCAUCCUCAAGGAAUAUAGAAAAAACCAUAUCCCUGACGGCUUUCAAGUGUAACACAGUCAACAGAUACCAGGGAUCCGUGGACAUUGGCUCGUAUUCCCGCAUCUCUUCCGGACAGAUGGUUAAUAGUGGGGGCAGUUAUUCUGAAGGAUCUUCCAACCAAUCGGCCUACUUAAGCCCUACUCUUGUUACUUUCACUGAGCCGGAGAUUUGCGAAGAAUCCUUUUAUGAUCAAGGAUCAUCGUGCUAUUACGGCUAUCCCUGCUAUCCGAAGCAAACAAUAUCGGAGCAGCCUCAGGGGCAGUAUGUCCCGCCCUCCGAAAUCAACUGCAGCCAGUGCCCGCCAUUGACGCCGUCGGUCCAGUUAUCAGGUGGUUCCUCAAGUGGACCUUCUCAACGCUACUCGGACAGCUUUACGAGUCAAUCAAAUCAAAAGUCUGAGUCAACCACCUGUACGUCAUGCUGUACGGAAUCAGUUCCGUCUUCCAGCUACUGUUCGUCAGGUCAGACGGUGGACCAGGAGGAAUCUCAAUGCUUCUGCGAGGAGUGCCAAAGGAGGAGACGUUCACUUUCACAGGAACGGCGCAAGGUGGAUCCACCUAGUGGCUUACCAACUCCACCUAGUGGCUUCCCAACUCCACCCAGUGGCUUCCCAUCUCCACCUGGUGGCUUCCCUGUUCCCCUUGGUUUCGGCUCACCUCCAUCAGCUCGCUCUCCACCUCAGCCGGACUGUUGUCCAUCUCAGUCGGAUUGCAGCUCGUCCUCAUCGGAUAGCAAUCCUUGCCCACCGGACUGCUGUCUUCGGAAACGCCAGCCUACACGACCUCCUAAACGCGCUCCUAAACCGUGCGGAGCAUGUCCUCCACCGGAUUGCGGCGGUUGUCCUCCACCGGAUCGCGGCGGUUGUCCUCCACCGGAUUGCUAUCCGCCUCCUCCGCCGGAUUGCUACCCUUGUUAUCCACCGGACUGCUGCCCUCCACCGGAUGGCUGCCCUCAACCGAACUGCUGUUCUCCACAGGAUUGCUGCCCUCCACAGGAUUGCUGCCCUCCACCAGAUUGCUGCCCUCCACCACAAUGCUGUUCUCCACAGGAUUGCUGCCAGGGUCCUUCAUCGGGCUGUUGCCCUCCACAGGAUUGCUGCCCUCCCCCGGAUUGCUGCCCUCCACCAGAUUGCUGCCAGGGUCCUCCAUCGGGCUGUUGCCCUCCACAGGAUUGCUUCUCGUGUCAGCCGCAAGGUUGCUGCUGUUGUCCUCCAUGUGGACAGCCGAGUUGUCCUCCAUGUGGACAGCCGAGUUGUCCUCAGAUGCCCUGCUUCGACAGCUGCUUUGGAAAUCCAUGUUGUUGUGGUUCCAUUAUCAACGACAGGAUCCAAGCCGAAACAGUAUACAUGACCGACUACAGGCAGGUCUUCAGCCGCCCAAAUCCAUUUGGUGGCAUGGGAGCUGCAAAAAAAUGCGGUUGCGAAUAUAUACCACUAGGUGGAGGAUUUGCAGGAAUGUGUAAUGGCUGCCCCUGUUCCAGAUCAGGUGCUUGUUGUGGAUCCAUGUCGAAUGGGUGUUCAUCCUGCUGCUCUCCGCCAGCUGGAUGUGGUGGAGUGUGUGGUGACCUUUGUGGCGGACAGUCGGGCGGAAUUUACGCCAUUGGAGAUCUAUGCUGCCCAGAUUUUAAUUGCUGUUAUCCAUUAAGUCAGGUCAAUUAUCCCUGCCCCUAUACCUGUUGCUCUCCACCGACUGACUUCUGCGGUCAGGAUUAAUGAUGGUCCCAAAAAAAAUAUACUUUGAGAAUCCUUAAAUUAACUAUAUAAUAAUGAAUUGUUUCUGAACCCAUUUACGAACUCGAAGGCAUUAUAUUUAAAUAAAACUUAUACCAUCCCCGGAA